AUGACUGCUGACACUUCAUCUAUCAAGUCCUCGUACGACGAGAAGAAAAGGCGAGACCAUGUCGAAGAAGCUCGAUCAAACCAGCAUCCCAAUGUCAGUGCAGAGGACGCAGCUUGGCUCGAUUCGUUCCCCGAGGAAAGAAAGAAAAAGGUCAUCUGGAAGGUUGACAUUCGUCUGAUUCCGCUUCUCACCUUACUCUAUCUCUUCUCGUUUAUCGAUCGAGCAAAUAUUGGAAAUGCGAAAAUUGAGGGUCUGACUGAGACUCUGAACAUGAGUUCAACCCAGUACAAUGUCGUUCUAUCGAUCUUCUUUGUGCCCUAUGUAAUCUUUGAGGUGCCCAGCAACUACAUCCUUAGCAAAUUCAAGAAACCGUCUAUGUACAUUGGUGGAAUCAUCGUGGCUUGGGGAAUAGUCAUGACGCUGAUGGGAAUCGUCCACAACUUCGAAGGCCUCGUUGCUGUCCGCUUCAUGCUCGGCGUGGCAGAAGCAGGAUUCUUCCCUGGAGCCGUGUACAUAAUCUCGUCCUGGUACCUGCCGCAUGAGAUGCAGAGUCGAAUUGCGCUCUUCUAUGCUGCCAGUGCGCUUGCGGGAGCAGUAUCUGGACUCCUUGCCUUUGCCAUUGCGAGGAUGGAUGGCGUCGGAGGCUACGAGGGCUGGCGGUGGAUCUUCCUUCUUGAAGGCAUCGCAACUGUCCUCGCUGGAGUUCUCUGCCUUUUCUGCCUCAUCGAUUCCCCCGAGAUGUGCCAAGAAGGGGUCGACUGGGAGAUCCUCCGUGCCGUUGUGACGGACUGGCAGGUGUACUUGCAGUCCCUCAUCUACCUCUCCAGCACGAUCCCCAACUACGGCAUGAAAUUCACCAUGCCUCAGAUCAUCACGAAUAUGGGAUACACAUCGUCUAUGGCGCAGGUGCUUACAAUCCCUCCGUACAUCGCGGGUGCAAUCAGCGCCUACUGCGCCGCUGUCUUCGCGGACCGACUACACUGGCGCAUGCCCUUUAUUGUCGGAUCACAGCUAAUCGUCCUCAUCGCAUUUGCCAUCCUGUUCGCCAAAGCUGCAGACAUCAAGAACAACAUCGCAGUCUGCUACUUUGGCGUCGUUCUCGCAUGUAUUGGCCUCUAUCCUAUCAACCCCGGCUGCAAUGCAUGGACCGUGAGCAAUCUCGCUGGCCCUACCAAGCGCGCAAUGGGGAUCGCAUACAUGAUCUCCAUGGGCAACGCGGGUGGGAUACCUGGGAGCUACAUCUAUUUCGACAGCGAGGCUCCGAAAUAUCCCACAGGGUUCGGAGUAUCCCUAGGAAUUGCGGCGCUGGGCGUGUGCUCGGCACUGACCCUUGAGCUUACUUACACCGCUCUCAAUAAGAGCAGGAAGAGGAUUUGUGUUGAAGAGGUCUAUGAAACUUAUACCCAAGAUGAACUGGAUGCCAUGGGUGAUCGGUCGCCAUUAUUCAAGUACACGCUCUAA